CAGCCAAUCACAGAGUAGCUUUAUCAUUCGGUACAGAAGGAAUAACACACCAAACAUUUGUCGACUGGAGGAACAUGGAUGCCACUUAGUGGCUAUGCUGACGAAAAGAACUUGAACUCCUGUCCAGUGUUUAAUUAAUAGUGCACGAAGGUCAAUCAUGUGGAAAUUGGGCUCAUUUAAGGUCAAAAGAGAGGGCACGAUGCUUGCCAUGGAAUUUGCAAAGUUACUACAACAGAGAGGGUCAGCCCUGAGGACUGUGUGCAUGGCUCCCAGAGUUUUCAGUCGUGCCUCUCACACACACAAGCAUCCAUCAUCUUUGUCAUCACUGCCGCCAGUUCAUGUUGUGUGUCUGCCUUUAUAUAGAUCUCCAUCAGCUGGAUCACUGCCUCUCAACUCUCUUCACACACUCGCCAGCCUGACUGCCAAACAGACUCCGUAUUCCAAUUUCGGUCACAAGACACGUCCAUCCAGUGGCUACACAAAGUUUUAUUUUGCUCUCUUAGGCGGAGCCUUGCUUUUGUUUUUGGGAUUUGAUGGAAUGACGAUGUUGGCAAAGUGGUUGAAGGUGGAUGCUGCUGCUGUAGAGGGGCAGUCCAGUGAGGCCGUCGAGCAUGAUGACGAAGGCAAGAAGACCAAGAAGAAGAAGAUCGGCUUUAGAGACCGGAAGAUCAUUGGGUAUGAAGACAGAAUCAGAGCCUACUCAACCCCUGACAAGAUUUUCCGGUACUUCGCCACCCUGAAGGUGCAGAUAAACUCUGGGGUGUGGGAGGUGUUCAUGACCCCUGAGGAUUUUGUGCGCUCCAUCACCCCUGGGAUCAAACAGCCGGAAGGCCUUGGACUUGACCAGUUUAGAAAGUUCGACCCGAAGAGCCAGACCACCAGUAGAGAAGGAAAUAAGGAUAACCUGUUUGAGAUGCGGGAGAAGCUAGACGACAUGUGCGAAGUGAGUCGUGACAGCAUCUUCUACAAGCUGGGCCAGACAGGCCUCAUCUCCUUCUCCGACUACAUCUUCCUCCUCACUGUACUGUCGACACCUCCUCGCAACUUUGAGAUUGGGUUCCGAAUGUUUGACCUAAAUGGUGAUGGGGAGGUUGAAUACACAGAGUUCCAGAAGGUACACGACGUGGUACAGAGUCAGACAUCGAUCGGGAUGCGGCACCGCGACCACGCCAACACCGGCAGCGUCAACAAGGGCAUGAGUUCCUCACUCCUCACCUACUUCUUUGGUGUGGACAGCAAGAAGAAGCUGACUGUACAGGGCUUCCUCGACUUCCAGAGACAACUCCAGACGGAGAUCCUCAAGAUAGAGUUCAAUCGCUACAAGCAGGAUGAUGACACGAUAUCCGAGAAAGACUUUGGCAAUGUCCUGAUCACAUAUGCUGGAAUGCCAGAGAAGAAAAAAUUACGCAUGUUGAAGAGAGUGAAGAAGAAGUUCAAGGAAAAUCCAAGGGGUAUCGGGUUUAGUGAGUACACAGCGUUCUGGCUGUUUCUGAAGAGCAUCAACGACGUGGACACGGCCCUCAGCUUCUACCACCUUGCCGGCGUCUCUAUUGACAUGGAGACAUUUCGCCAUGUGGCCCGCACGGUGGCGCAUGUAGAGCUGAGCGAUCACGUCAUCGAUGUUGUCUUCACACUUUUUGAUGAAAACAAUGACGGCCAGCUGAGUAACAAGGAGUUUGUGUCGGUGAUGAAGCAGCGCGUGAUGCGAGGCCUGGAGAAGCCGAAAGACACCGGCCUCAUCAAACUACUUAAUGCCAUGUGGAAGUGUGGCAAAUCACAGACCCAGACGUUCAUCGACUGAAGGGGCUGCUUAUCCAUCUUGUUUCCUUGGCAACCAAUGUCGGCAUUAUCCCCCCAGCACCAGAGGGUGCUCCUCCACACGCCCUUACCUUGGCGUCUGCUACCAAGGUCAGCAUUGGUAUGGAACGUGGUGAAAUGCCAGACAGUGAUAUUUGACUCUCUUGACCUUACUGCACAUCUUUCACUUGUUACUUUUUGAUCUCACCUUUAUUCAAUUGGUAUGAACUUCGGGUUGCCAAUCAGUGUAGUAGAUUUGUCUAGUGUGUUAACCACAACUCCGCCAGUCUACUGACACCUUUGAGAGUUAUGAUUGCUUAGUGCAGCAUCAGCUACUGACGUUUGUAUGGAGAUGUAUCCCCUGAACGUGUGUCUGAGACGGAAUGAAGGAGGAAGUUAGAAGAUGUUUGGUUGAAGGGUUAGCAUCCAGGAUACCCCUCCUAUACACCUGUAGACAGAGGACUUAGAGAGUAAAAUCCUGUUCAGUGUUCCUGUGUGGAGCAUCUGAUCGUAGCAAGAUACAGGGGAAGGUUUAUGGGAUAUUUCUUCUUCCUUCGGUUUCGAAUCCUUAUCAUGUUUCUAGAUGUGAGACACUCCGUAACGAAGUAGAGAAGAGUUUAUAUUGAGAGAGUAUUCCGCUGUUGCUAUUAUCAGGCACCACAGAUUCAAACAAGUAUACUUUUGAUCUAUCUACUGUGAUAUACCUAUCGAUAAUAAAAUUGUUACCCAAAAA